UUCCGAUUUGCGUCCCUGUGAAAUUUAUAUUUAAUUAUUUUAUUAAUUUAACCAAUACCAUAGUAAUGAUUUCACAUUAUUACUAUAAUUAAUAAUAUAGUGUGAUACGUUACAUUAGUUUGGGACAUUCCUGAAAAUAUUUAUUGUGAUUCAAUUAGUCACAAUGACCCCUGAGUUCACGGCUGCAGUUGCUUGCGCAUUGUGAUAUUACCCAAUUUGGGAUAGAAAUUCUAAACGUUUUAGUUAAUUGUCGUUGAUUGUGUCUAGAUAAGGUUCAUACGAGUAGUUAUAAACAGUAUCCGGUUCAAUGUCGUGCUUAUCGGUUUGCUGUGGUUAUAAUGGUAGUUUGGGAACCGUUCAAGCUGCGCGCGGCGUGCUGACACAGUGACUCGUGAAUCGUAAAUAUGUAAAUAAACAUGAACGAUAUAAGAGUGACAGUAGGGGAAUCUCUGAAGGACCAGGCCGUUGUUGAAGUGUCUCCAAAAACGGAGCAGAAUAGUGAGAAUGAAGUGGAUCCGUUGGCAAUAGAUGACGCCACAGUGGGCACAAAAGACCCACUCGUGGAUCCAAUAACAGAAGAAAAGAGUGAAAAGGCGGGAAACGUUGAUAUCUGUGAUGAUAAUGCCAAAGAAGAGAAGUCAAGUGAGAUAAAUGAAGAAAAUUGUACUGCCUCAAAUUCAGAGGUAGUCAAAGAAGAUGUGUUGAAAGAAGAUAGCAAUCCUCAGACCAGUAUUGUUGAAGAGAACAUACAACAAACAGGACCCACUCACAAUGAGCCUGAAGUGGUCCCAGAGGAAGCUGAGAUGCCUCCAGUACAAGUUGAAGUUCCUGAACCAAUUGUACCAGAUGUGAAAGAAACCAUAGUCCCAAAAGCAGUUACCCCUGAGAUGCAAAUAAAGGUACCAAGUCCCGAAACAGAGGCACCCUCUGAACCAAAGGAAGAGGUUAAAGCCCCGGAAAAAGAGCUUGUAGUGACUGAUGUUGAGAUGUUAGAGGCUCCAAAGGAGAUCCCUAAACCAAGCCAAGCCAAGGUGACUGAAGAAAAGGUUGAGAAGGUGGAAUCUAAGCCAUUACCACCCGUCAAUGGUGACUUAGCUAAGGAGGAGCAAGCGACGAAAAGACGUUCAAGCCAAGAGAUAGAGACUGAAUCCCCAUUAAAGAGACUUUGCCAAGAAGUUGAGAAGACUUUCCCGCAGCAUGAUACAAUGAUUAAUGAUUACAUACAAACAGCCACGAAGAACAAUAUAGACGAAAUCCAACGCCAUACGGAACAGCUUUUAUCUGAAAUCCAAACAUUAAGGGAACUGGCACAAAAAAAAGAACACGAAUGGAAUAAUAUUUUGCAUUUGAAAAAAGUUAAAGAAGAGAUUUUAUUAAGAUUGCUGAGGCGAAAGCAGGUGCUGUCCUUCGAGAAGUCGGCUGAAAUUAACGGGUCGGAUAGAACUGAUCCUUUCGACUACUUAAAUCAAGCCAAGAAUUUAGCGAUAGAUAAAAGUGAUGAGAUCUCAGGGUUGGCGAUUAAGCAACCAGGCUCCACCAUUAAUCCGUUGUUGGCUCAAGCCCAAGUGAUGCCGGUGACAAGUCAUUUCAACCCAAUGGCAGGGUUGCCACCCCCCUAUGAUAAGGCAGCUCAUAUGCAGUCGAUGCCAAAGCCGGUGUUCCCACAACAGAUGAUGAUGCCAGGACCUAUGCCGGGAUUUCCUAGGGACAUGAAUGGGCAGCUGCCGUCCAGUUUCAGUUUGCCAAUGGGUCGUCAGGGCCCCACGAAAGAUGUCAAGUCGAUAAUAGCUGACUACAGGCAACGGAAUCCUGAUGUGACUCCGAGAAGGGGCAGGAGAAUGAAGUCUAUCCUGAACCCGAAUAUGAUGAACGCCCCGAGACCGAUUGCGCCGAAAAUGGACGGUAUGAACAAUUUGAAUAACCUCAAUAUGCUCUUCAAUAGUUUGGAUAUGAACCAAAAAGCUAUGCUAGAACGUCUGCAACAGAUGCAAGCUGGUGGUAUGCCGAAUGGCCUCUCGUUCAAAGACGUUCUAGUCCAAUUCGCUAAUAUGCAGCAAGCGACUACAGGUUUAAUACCAAACAGGCCGGUCGAGAUGCCCCGGCCUGAUCACCAUAUCAGGCCGGAGGGUGCACCCCGGCGGAGGCAGGAGAGAAACCACGAAGAGGUCCAUAUGCCAGUUAAACAAGCCGAGAGACUCGCGUCACCCAAUCCCAGGUUGCCGCCGCCGCCUCCUUAUCCAGAAAUCUCGUUAUUACCAGUUACAACCAGCCAGGAGACGAGUCAAACGCAGAACUCCUUGCUUCAUGGAAUACUAACGAAGCAGGCGUCCCCUGCGACUCAGAGUUACUCGCCGACGUUGGCUAAACUGCUCACUUCGCCGGAACGGAAACAGAGCGCGCCAACGUUGCCAACUUUCGGUCAGGCCAAGAACUGCGGCGAGAUCACGAUCACGCCGGUACAGCCAGCGCCGCCGGACCCUCAGCCGGAGAAGGCUGAGGAGGUUGUGCAACUGGAUGACGAAGAGAGUGCAACGUCAUCCCCGUCGGGGCCGGGCUCGCCGUCCGGUUCGGGCUCCGGGCGGCUCGUGAUCGACGAGGGGGGCGAGGGGCACGCCGAGGGGGGCGAGGGCGGCGCGGAGGGGGCCGACGGCGAGGACGGGGCGGAGGCGCCGCUGUGCCAGGGCUGCCGCCGCCGCGACGCACAGUUCGUGUGCGCGGGCUGCGCGAACCAGUGGUACUGCAGCCGGGACUGUCAGGUGGCGGCGUGGGACGAACAUUCAGAAAUGUGUUCGGGCUAAUGUAUCACAAGUGGACGUCGCAACAUCGCUCUAAUGUCAUUUGCCUUAUAAACAUAUAUAUAUAUAUAUAUAUAUAGUAUGCGUAAGCGAAUCUCUCUGGUGAGUUUGUGGGUUUUUCUCUCCUGUAAUUUAUUAUUACCAAUGCUACCAACAUGUUCCUACGAAAUGUUCACAAAGUUGAAAUGUUUCUGUUCUUUCAAAUUUAUGGUGUACAGAAAAUGGGAUAUUUGACAGCUAUUUUAGUGUCUUUUUUUUUAAAUAUUGGACUGAAAAGUGUAUGGACUAUGAUAGAAAUACACUUGUCUCUAAAAAUAAUGAAUUUUAGAGAAUUAUAUUUAAUAAUAUGACCGUAGAAUCGAUUUUGUGUUUUAUUUCCAUUGAAUUAGAGAUGAUUUUUAAUUUUAGCGUUGAUACCGCUUGUCUGAUGAUUCAAUCAUUAAAUAUAAUUAUAAUAUUGUUAGUUUUUUAUGUUUAUAUUAUUAUUUCAUAUUUAUUGGGAGAAUUAAAAAAAAAUGGAGCGAAGUUUUUUUUUUUAUUUAUUUAUUUUUUAUUUUGAAAUAAGCUGAAUGAAACGUUGACGAUAAUGUAUGCGUAUAGAAAAAUAGUCGUCAAAUAGCCUAUUUUUGCUUGACUUUAAAUCGAAAUUUCCAGAAUAUAUUCCUAAAAUCAAGCUGUCUCAUAAAGUAUACUUACGUUUUGGAAAUUCUAGAUUUAAGUACGUUUGUGUAAAAUUAAUAAUGUACCACUUUUAAAAUUUUCGACACAUUAUAUUUGUUGUUUCGAUACAAUAAUAUGCCAGUAAAAAUAUUUAAUUACAGCUUCUAAUAUAUAUAUAUAUAUAUA